UAGAAUGGUAGUUUAAGUGCCUGCCAGUUGUUGAUCAAUUUGUGUGUGCUUCAAGGUUAUAGCAUGACUGAUCAAUCUCGUCAGGAAAUUAGACAUCUUUCAUCAACUUUGCCUAAUCUAGUCCCUGAAGUAUAUUAUGCUCAGUUUGGUGCUCAGCAGUAUUUAACUAACACAGCCAUUAAUACUGUUUUUUCUACAUCAAGCUCAUCAAUCCUCCCUAUAUAUGCUGCACGGUUUGCUCUGAAUCAAACAUUUUUAGAUUUAAGCCUCGUCAACGAUACCAUCAUGUUGUGUAAAGAUCGUCCUUCAAAGAUGGCUACCGCUUGGCAAGUUGGUGUUCAUUAUGAAAUACAGUGUUCUCUUGAUCCCAUUGCUCUUAUGACCGAUGGCUCUAGCCCUAUAUUCUAUGAUAUAUGUAUCCUAAGAACUCAACCAGUUUUAUGGCUUCACUCUAGAGGGCGUAUAUAUUGAAUUAAUUAUAAUAUGUUGCAUAAGAUGUCAAAGAUGGUAAUAUGUUAGUGCCCAUUCCUGUCUUAAUCAGUGGUUAUCAGGACAAUAAUGGUGUCCUUGUUAAUGAAGGUGAUGAUAGCUCUCAGUGGCAGUUUGUGAGACGUUUCUAUACCCACCAGUCAGUCACUGGCACUCCAUCAUAUCUUGAAUACACUGAAAUCAAUAUACAGUUAACCAGUCGUGGUCACAUUCAGUCUCCAUAUCUUAGACUCUCCUAUCAGGCUAUACCUACCAAUGAUGCACAAGCUUCAUUUGUUGUUAGAUACAGUGGAGGAAAUAAUGCUUUUAAUAUUGCUUUAUUAGUAAUAGCUAGUGUGUUUGUUACUCUAACUGCAGUCUAUGCUGGCUAGUUCAUAAUCGUAUUAGUAAAUAAUAUU